GAAGAGCGUAACAUCUUAAGAGAGCUUUGACAAUACAGAGCUUGAAGUUAUUUUUUUUUUUUUUUUUUAGCUUUUUCCAAACUGCUCCGGCUACCAAACAUAGACCUACAAUGCCAUCUAUGAGCCCUUCAUUCUUUAUCUUGGGUGUGGUUAUUGCUUCUGUUCUAGCACAAGAAUCAACCACUCUUCCAGAUGUUACAACUGUUCCAACAGAUAUUAACAAUAAAACCACCAGCUAUAUGACCUCAAACACCACCACGAAUGAGACCGACAUCAUGAGCACCACUGGAAGUGACACAACACAGCCAACAAGAGAUAGCACCACUGAAGAUGUAACUUUGACCACCAUGAUAGAGCCCACCAUGCCCCCCGUCACACCUGAAGUCUCCACCUAUCAGACCACAAUGACUACCACCACCACAUCAACAAAGGCAACCAGUCUGGCUCCGAAAACAAAAUCUCAGUCAGGUCUCACAGGCGCCAUCAUCCUCAUAGUGAUCAUCUUAGUAGCUAUCUGUUCUUUACUGGCAUGCUACUUGGCAAAGAGGAGAGGAAGGCGUUACUCUGUUGACUUCUCCUCCAGACCUGAUGAAGCCAACAUCCCCCUCAGUACCGUGGAGCCUGAGGCGUCUGUUGGUGCUGCAGCUCAAAACGGGCUGCAGACCUUUGAAAGUACAGAUAUCAGUACAAAAGAAGCCCAAGAGCCUGAGGAAAAAGCUGAAGUACAAGAGGAGCAGAAAACUGAGGCCAAUAAACCUACUGUUGAACCCAACGCUGAGUCUGCAGCUCCAGCCCCAUCAGCAGCUCCGGCCCCAUCAGCAGCUCCGGCCCCAUCGGCAGCUCCGGCCCCAUCGGCAGAUCCAGCCCCAUCGGCAGAUCCAGCUCCAUCGGCAGAUCCUGCUCCAUCGGCAGAUCCUGCUCCAUCGGCAGAUCCAGCUCCAUCGGCAGACGCCCCGGAGAACAAACCCAAAGAGGACGUCAUGAAGCAGAGCACUGCUGCACCUGUGGAGGAGCAAACUGAUGAUGAAGGGUCCGUCUCCAACAAGACCUCAGUGGAAUCCCUGAAGGAAACAAACGAGAACAACAGCAACAACAUUGACUUGAACAAAGAUUUGCAAAUGAGCACCUUUUUCUGGGAAGUUUCCCUUGACAGUAUAGUGUGAAAUGUACUUUGUUCCUGAUCUUCACAACCAUGACUGAAGAAAAGUCUCAUAAACUCAAGUGGUGGCGGUGGACGAGGACGCCUCUGUUCACACUGUGGGACGAUGCCUUUGCCUGUGGACUGAAUGAUGGAAGCUAAUUUGUUAUUGUCACAGCAGCUUUGUCCAAGUUCAACUGCAGCUCAGCUCAACCUUUUGCUAACUUUACUGAGAAAAGAAUUCACAUGGGGAAAAAUGACAUUAAGUCUGGUAGAAGUUGUUAUUAGUGCUGCUUUAAUUAAUUGUGAAUAAUUGUUUGCUGUUAUGUUUUACAGUUAACCCAUGAAGACCCACUGCUACUUCUGUGGCAUUUCCAAAAUAUUGUUUUCUCUAUAUUUAGCUUUUCUUCUGUGAUUUAUUUCCAAUUAUUAUAACAUCAUCCUCUGUAUUUUAUGGUUUUUCUGUGAAUAUCACAUGAAUAUCACAUAUUUCUAAUUUACUGAUCACUGUAGAUGUUCAUUAAAGCUCAGAUUACAGUUGAGGGUUAUUAUAUCAAAAACAGACAAAACUGCAAAAAAAUGUGACUUUUUCCGCAAAAUAUAUCAUUAACUGAA